GCGCCGGGGGCGCGGGGCGCGGGCGGCUCCGUGCUCGGUUCUCCGUUCCCCGGGAUCGCGGCGGGUUCCGCGGCGGCGGCAGGAUGGCUGCUCGGCUGCCCGCGCUCCUGCCCCUGCUCCCGCUGCUGCUGCUGCUGCCGGGCCGGGGACUACCGGGGGCUCUGGGCAACCGGCACGCUGUGCACUGGAACAGCUCCAACCUGCAUCUGCGGCGGGAGGGCUACACGGUGCAGGUGAACGUCAACGACUACCUGGACAUCUACUGCCCUCACUAUAACGCCUCGGUGCCGGAGCACCGGCUGGAGCAGUACGUGCUCUACAUGGUGAACGCAGAGGGCUACCGCACCUGCAACACCAGCCAGGGCUUCAAGCGCUGGGAGUGCAACCGGCCCCACGCACCCCACAGCCCCAUCAAGUUCUCGGAGAAGUUCCAGCGCUACAGCGCCUUCUCGCUGGGCUACGAGUUCCGCGCAGGGCAGGAGUACUACUACAUCUCCACACCGAUGCACAACCACCGCCGGGCCUGCCUCAAGAUGAAGGUGUUCGUGUGCUGUGCCUCCACGUCGCACUCCGGGGAGAAGCUGGCGCCCACCCUGCCCCAGUUCACCCUGCGGCCCGAGGUGAAGAUCGAGGACCUGGAAAACUUCAACCCAGACAUGCCGAAGUUGGAGAAGAGCAUCAGUGGCACCAGCCCCAAGCGGGAACACUUGCCCUUGGCCGUGGCCGCCGCGCUCUUCCUCAUGACCCUGCUGGCCUCCUAGCUCCCAGCACCGGCGGGGACCCGGCCAGCGCGGCUGCGUCAAGCGGGAACCCCCCGACCUGCCCCCCCUUUGUGAGAGCCAGCGGGGUCCCACCCUGGGACCACCCGUCCCCUCCACAUCGUCACCUCCCUGCCCGGAGAGCCGAUUCCAUCCUGGCUGGGACUUGCCUCCCACCCCACUGAUGGCUGCAGCCACCUCUGCAGGGACACGGCUCGGACACCGUCCUGCCCACGUCCCACCCCGGGGCUGGGUGGCAGCGCUGGACUGGAGAGCAGCCCGGUGAGGGCAGGGACCCCCCCAGGGCCGGCAGCCUGUACAUACCCAUCUAGAGAUCUAUACAUACUGUACAGAGAGCGACUAUAUAGAAAUAUCUAUACUGUACCAUAGGCGGCGGUGCCAGCCCUGGGCUGGCCUGUACAUAGUCGAACGUGUUGGAUUUUCCUCGUCUUCUGUGAAGACCCGACCUAUGCAAACGCACAGACACUUUUUGGGGAAAAAAAAAAACAAACCAGAAACAAAACAACAAAAUGAAAAGCAAAACGACAACAGCAGCGACAACAAGAAGAACAACAACAAAAAAAACUCGACCUUUUUUUCAAGUGCUUUGGCUGGUGAUUUUCAUAUUCUGCUCUUAGUCUAUAAAAAAAAACAACAACAAAAAAAACAAUAAAAGGAU